ACUAGAAGCUCUUGGUCAGGCCCGCGGAAAUGGGCGAACAUAAUCUCCUUAAUCCUGGGUUUGUGGGACCGUUGGUGAACAUCCAUACGGGAGACACCUUCUAUUUCCCCAAUUUCCGAGCCUCCGGAGGACAGCUGCCCGGCUUGCCGUCUCUCUCCUACCCAAGAAGGGACAAUGUCUGUUCUCUGCCCUGGGCAUCCUCAGAACCCUGCAACGGAUACCCCCAGCCCUAUCUCAGCAGCCCCGUGUCUAUUAACCCUUCCUUCAGCCGAGCCUGCGACCUAGCUAGAGUGGAAGAGAGCAAGUGCUACUAUAGGGAGGCGUGCUCCGAGAACGCUCCCCUCAAAAGGGAAGAGAGGGUUAGGGACAAUGCCUUGAUGCCUCUCGAAUCGGGGAUCCCCAAUGGAAUGAGCGGCAGUUUCGGCAAAUUUGACUAUCCGGCUCCCGAGGCGGUGCCCCACGAUCCCCCCUCUUGUCAGUCUUUGGAGUCAGACUCCAGCUCCUCCUUACUCAAUGAAGGCAAUAAGGGCGCCACCAGCGAGCCGUCCACAAUGGUUUCCCCUAUCAACCAAGGAAGCAAUCUUUCCGCUGGGGGUAAGAACGUGCGACCAGGAAAUAUAUAUAUAUAUACGAAUAAGAAAAGCGAAUUUAUGCAAUGCCUCUUCUUUAUUUUAUUCUUAUUUUGUGUUCUCUCCUCUCUCUCUCUAUUUCUCUCUCUUACGCGCGCGCGCGCUCUCUCUUGCUUGAAAAAGUCUGCUCGCGACUCUUGCUGUUAUAAAUUCCAUGAAAUUAGCAGCUGGGACUGAAGCAUGUCUAUUUGUGCCGAGGCCACUAGGGGUAGCACUCAAAUGCCUCGUGCUUUAUUAGGUGCUGCUUCUUUUAAAAGAAAAGCCUAUAAACAUGUAAAUAUCCCAUAAAAGAGAUCGCGAUGGCCCAGAUAGACAGAUUUUCAUGCCUCUUUCUUUUUCUCUCUCUCCCCACCCUCCUCCCGAAUCCGAACAGGCACGCUACAUGCAGGACAAUUUGCCACUGGGUGCAUGAAGCUUUUGCAACAGAAAUGAAAUGUAGAAGGGUGUGUGAUUGUAUUUGGAAGGUUUGGUAGAAGUCUGACUGCAGGGCUGGGAGGGCUAAACUUCCACGGGUUUUCUGUCCCUGGUAAGAUUAGCCACCCUGGGUAAAAACCCAUUCUAAGGAUGGUGCCAUUAAAAAAAAGAAACAAACACCCUGGUUUUCAAAACCCAAUUCUCGCCUUCCCGCCAUCCCAGCCCAUCCCCAUACAAAACCGGGAAGGUUCUAUAAAGAAAAAGUAUAUAUCUCCACGCAGUGCUGAGACACCAUUUGCCAAAAUACAAAAAAACAAAAACAAACCCAACCCAAACAAACUCUCUCUCAUAAAGCUUCCCGUUAUGUGCCUGAUCCUCUGGUGAGCAAACACUUCCAGGAACAAGGACCAGUUGGUUCUCGUCUCCUGUGAAGCGUCCCUGGCUGCUGGAGAUGUUUCAUUCCCUCUGCAGAAUCUGGCUUUGGGACUCUGAAGACAGAGGCUUCCUCGUCCUUAAACUUCAGAUCUGACAUCUCCCAAACUGGAUACCUAAGGCAUGCCAACCCAUCUGGUGCCUUGAGGUCUUACACGGUAACCACAGAGACACUCUAGCAUUCAUUCUAGCUGAUGGUGCUGGUACUUUUUGGCUGUUCGGGAUCUGUAAGAGCUAGCUUAGGUUGCUUAUUUUUCUGUAAGAUAAAUAAGCCAAAGUUGCCACCGGUUAUAAAAGUCCAGCGGGGUGUGUGUGUGUGUGUGUGUGUGUGAGAGAGAGAGAGAGAGAGAGAGAGAGAGAACCCUAACCAGCUUUUAUCUCCGAUCUCUCCUUAAAUCCUAAUAGUUCCGAAAACCUGCAAUGUAUGACUUAUGUGGUAUGCGUGGUGACACAGGAGCCCAGGAGCUUGGAAUUUAAAACGCAGGUGUAAAGGUCUUCUUCCCACCCAUCCUCCUUUCUCUCGAAGUUAAAGCAUCUUUACUGGAUUGCGCAUUAGAAACGUGUAUCUCAUAUUAUUAAAUAACGAGCCGUGUGUGGGUCAAAAAGGGAGGGGGGAAGCAUUCCCUUUUUUAAAGCGUUACCCGCUCCCCUCUUUCUUUUCGUUUCUUUCUUUCUCUUUCUCUCUUCCCCUCCAUGUGUUUAAAUCUCCUUUCCAUCACGCUGUUCUUAGGUGCUCCCUGGUACCCGAUGCACACAAGGUCCCGGAAAAAGCGAAAACCCUAUUCUAAGCUACAGCUAGCGGAGCUGGAAGGGGAGUUUAUGGUCAAUGAAUUCAUUACUCGCCAAAGAAGGAGGGAGCUUUCAGAUCGGUUAAACCUGAGUGACCAGCAGGUGAAGAUCUGGUUCCAGAACCGGCGUAUGAAAAAGAAAAGACUCCUCCUGAGAGAGCAAGCCCUUUCCUUCUUUUAAAGUUCAGACAAGUCCGCUAUCGGGUAAAAAAACCCCACAGAGACUCUCCGGCCUUCUUCAUCACAACUGGUGGUAUCGGGACUCUUACCUGAUCUGGUUUGAAUAGCCAGUUUAGAUUAUUAUUAUUAUUUUCCUUUAAGACAAAACAAACCAACGAAAGUCAGUAUCCUUAAAAAAGAUAAAGAAAGCCAGCCAACAGCAGGCGUGUCUACGUUAUAACUGUGUGAUUGAGAGAGUAUGAGGGGGUGGGAUGCUUCUCUUCCACUUCUGGACCUGUUAGGGAAGAACCAAAUGUGAAUACGCAGAAAGGAAACCCCCCCCCUUCAUCAAUCAGCGUGGCUUUUCUAAUGUAUGGUUCACAAAGAUUUGUCAGUCAGUGUCGUUGAGUAUGUUCUGAAUGUGAGUCUUGAGCCCGACACUCUCGCUCUUAUUACGCGUGUGCGAGCAUUCACAGGUAGGGUUUCCCCUCUCAGCAACAGGGUUCCCUGUUUUGUGUGGGGCAGAGUGAGGGAGGGUCUCCAUUGCCUUGGCCUUGGCUUUGUUUGGUCGGUAACCCGGUCCUCAGCAAGAGAGCAUUCCAGGAAGCAAAGUCACUGUCCUAUAUAUAUCUCGGUUUAGUGUGUUGGGAUUUUUCAUUCUCUGGAGUAAAAGCUUAAGUGGAUGUGGCAUUCACCUUAAAUCAACCGUAACCAUUCUGAUGGAGAAUGGCGAGCCAGUGUUUUAUGUUUGCCAAGGUUUAUUUUCAGGGCACACUGGGCGGAAAAAAGUUCAGUACCUAGAUAGAGGUUUGCAGCGUAUCGAUCUCGAUAAUAAUAGGGGUGUCCAAUAUGUGGAACUUCGAGGUUCACUUGGCUGUCCCCCGUGCUUGGCGGGUGGGAAAUAUAUGGGUGCUUUACUCGGAUGCUCUUCUGGGGGAAAGUCGAGCUGAGGAUGGAAUUUUGUAGACAUCAACUCCCAAGGCUUUUCCAAUGGCAGGCGGUGCCCACGCGCGCGCUUCUGAGGAUGCCCACUGUACCUAGACCCAAUGUACCUAGUGGGAAUACUUUCAAGUAAACAACGCCUAUUAUUGGGCUGCAAAACACCAAAAAAAGCGGGGGAGGGGAGAAACCCACCUCGAGUUAAUCCAAUACCCCAUAAAGUGAGGAAUGAUUUGUCUUGUUAGGAUAUUAUAAAAAUGCAACCUUUUCAGAGGCUACAGCUACAACCCUAUACUCCUUGGCAUGCUGGGAUUUAGCAGAGGGGCUUACUUCAGAGUAGACCUGUGUAGAAUUGCGCGGUACCUCUCGCGUUCCUAGUCCAGCCGCGCCGCCUGCAUGGGUCUCCUCUGUCCACCACCGCAUAAGCGGAACAGAACGCUAACAAUAAUUUCAAAUUGUGUUUUGAUAAUAGCUCCACUGAAGGAGACCUCGUCCCGCUUAUUAUGCUACUGUGUUUAUUGAUGAUCAAGAUGGUGGCGAGGGGCGGUGGGGGGAUGCCCCCUUUUAUACAUUAACUAUAGUGGCAGCCCCUUGGUGCUAAUUAAGCUAUUAAUAGCUUCCCUCCUUCUAAGAUAGAGAGUUCUCUUCUGGCAUUAAAAACGUUUUCUUUAAUGGUGGCUAUUUUCGAAAUGAAUGAGAUGUUUCUCCUCUACCUCCACCACCCCUCCCCUCUUUUAAUCUUCCUCAUAUUUAGUUAGAUUUUUAUUUUUAAUAACGGCAGUUCUCCCUUAAGAAUCAAGACUUCUAUCUCUCUCUCCCGUGUGUGUUUGUGUGCCUGUGUGUGUGUUCUCUCUCACACACACGUACACACACACUUAUUUUCAUUCCUGAUUUUUCAUAGGCAGCAGCUGAUGACUGUGAACAUUUAUGGGGUGUGUCGCCUUAUUCCCCCCCCCCCACUACAGCCACACAAACACACGCAUUCUGCUUUGGGGGAUAUACGGUAAUUUCUGCCCAACGCAUUCAUUCAUCCGUCUAACUCCCACCCCCACCGCCGGUUCCCCUUUGUACUUUCCCCGGUGUAGAACAGUCCCAGAGCAGGCAAGGGGAAGCGCAGAGCGGGUUGCCUUGCCGGUCAGCUCCUGCCUCAGACAUCCAUUAGAUUUCCUAAUAGCUCUGCCAGGCUUGGGCAUUGCUUAAACUCCCAUUCCUUAAAUUCCCACUCAAUGCGGGGAGGAAGGCGCGCGGGGAGGCGGAAGACAAGGGUUGCUGCAACCGUGAAAGUAACCCGACAGGAAUCUCUCUCCCUCUCAGCCCGUUAAAUGAUUGACUUGGGAAUAAGUUCCCUUGAUAUUCCUGGUACUUAUUCCAUCGGGGUCCAGGAACCUAUUCUCGUUCUGUUCUGCUGGUUUCCUAAUUGCAUACUUAAAAAAAAAAAAAAAAAUGUCGCGGGGCGGGGGGGGGGGGGGCGGAGCGGCCGGGAACUGGACGAAGAGACAAAUGAGCCACAACAGCAAAGUAGGGUGAGGGGGGUCAAGACGGUCUAAGCGGCGAGUUUUGCUACGACAGGCUUUGCUUCAUUCGUUUUUAUAUCGGAGGGGAUUAAUUUUAUGACAAAGGCAACGUUUUCCUGGGCCAGACUCAAUUGUCACCACGUGGCUCCCCGUCCCGGCGUUCAUGGUCAUGGCCGGUGGCAGGAAUGCUUUGCCUUUACGAGCUGCAAAGGAUGCCGUCUAGUCCUUAAAAUGCCUCUGUGUGUCCCCCGCCCUGCUCAUUCUCCGCCCUUGCAAGCCUUUUAUUUAGGUCUGCUUCCCAUGGCUGUGUCAUCGUUCCUUGUCUUUAUUCCGCCUUCCUCCUGCCUCCCCAAUAUCUAGAGUUUUGAGAGGUCCCCCAUCCCAGUAUCACCCUUUUGGUAUAUCACCCCUCCCCUUUACAAACUCUAACAUUUGUAAAAGAAGAGGCAUCCUCUGCCUGUGAGUGGCUUUGAAUCUAAUAGGUACCCAGUCACAAUUAUGUGCAAUAGAUUGGGGGGGGUGAGAGAGACAUCCAUAUAUUUCCCCCCCAGUUAUGUGCAAUGAACAGAGCACAUGUGGGUGUCUGUGUUGUUAGGCGGCUAAAUGUAGAGGACGCCUACCUAUUUCUCCAAAAAGGUACCUUGAAGAACAGAAAACUGUAGGCUUCAGUCUAACGCCAUUCCCGUUGUCUCCAGCCUGUGCUUUGCCUCCUUUGGACAGAGCAGUCCGUUGAAACCGCUUAAGCCGGUAGCGCUGUCAUCAUCCAUUUUGUCCCAGUUUUCUCAAUAAUAUUAAUAAGAAAGAAGCAGCAUUUUCGGUCAAAAUAACGACUUUCAGCCAACUGAAAUGUAAUGGGGUGUGUUGCAUAAAUCUAGAAGGGAAGUCUUGUGUCUAUGCGGUAAAGGAGGAACAUGUUCGAGAAAUCAGACAUAUCAGUAUUGUACUUGGUUUGCUACCAUCGCUUCCUCUUGAAAAGCUGUGACAUGUUACUCGCUGGCAAAAGGUUGCGUUUUGGAAGGGGUUGGCGGCUGGCUUACCAGGGUUUUGAGCGUUUACGGGGCAAUGUUAUAACGCAGCGUUCGGAUUAAAUUGUGGCAGGCGACAGACAGAGAGAAAGAGACCGAGAGACUGUCUUGAUGUUAAUAUUUCACGCGCCGAGACCGCUUUCUAUCUACAGCGAAGGAGUUUUAGGCUUAGAAAUACAAUACACAACCCACCAGCAAGAAUCUUGAGUCCUGAGAAUGGUCUCCUUGGUGUGUAACUGCACAUAACAGGCGAUUCUCAGCUGCCACUUCAACGAUUUUUUUAAAGGGAGGGGGAGUGAUAAUUUAAAAUUUGAAAAUGAAGAAGUUGAAAUAUAUGCAAUAUUCUCGUUCAGAUUGCAUUGAAGUAUUAUUAUUCCGUGUGAAUUCUGUUCGUCUUGUGUUAGUUCCCGGUGUCUGUGGCUCGGUCCUUCGCUUGUUAUUCUCUAGUCUAGUUUCCUGCUGUUGUUAAAUAUGCAUCGUUGGCAAUAUAGUCCAUAUGUAAUGUUUCUUACCUCAAGCUAUUAUAUGUAGGGCCUAUGCAAAUGUCUGUCCAUAGCACGUUUCCCCGGCUUUAUAUAGUCAUGUAAAAAGUUGUUUCACAAUAAUAAUGAUGAUAAUGAUAAUAAUGAUAAUAAUAAUAAUAAAUUGAAUGUAUUAUUAUGUGAUUUCUGAUAAUAAAUAAAAUGUUUCAAACCUC